CGGCGUGCGCAGGCGCUCAGCGCAGAGGCCUGCCGGAAGCCAAAAUGGCGUUUAGGUGUUCUCCAGGCCGCAGUUGGCGCCUUAUCGGUUUCUGAGCGGGUGUUUUGUAAGCGGCUGUGGCAAACGCCCUCUUCGCCGCCAUGGCCCGGCAUCGGAAUGUUCGCGGCUAUAACUACGAUGAAGAUUUUGAAUAUGAUGAUCUCUAUGGCCAGUCUGUAGAGGAUGAUUAUUGUAUUUCUCCAUCAACAGCUGCUCAGUUUAUUUACUCAAGACGUGACAAACCUGUUGAGUCUGUGGAAGAAUAUGAUUAUGAAGAUAUGAAAGAAUCCUCCAAUUCUCUUUUGAACAAUCAACUAAGUGAAUUUGAUCAAGCUCGUCUUAAUUCAUGCCUUGAUCACAUGAGAGAGGUAUUGGGAGAUGGGGUGCCACGUGACGUAUUGGUUGAAGCAGUUUUGAAGAACAAGUUUGAUGUGCAGAAGGCUUUGUCAAUGGUUCUGGAACAAGAUAAAAUGCAGAAUUUGAAGGUCAGGAGUGAGGGAGCAACCUCUACAGGAAAGAUAGCAAAAGUGUUUUUACCUCACAGGCUUGGUAAAUCUUUGUGGAAUGAAUCCAAAAGCCUUUGUUCAUACAGUGCUGCAGUUGACCUCUGUAAUUCAUACAUUAUCAAGAAGCCUGGCUUCCUUCUGUUAAUAAUGUUCAUGAAAAUAAUGGCAUUUGCAUCAAUAUGGAAUGGCAUGGACCAAGGCCACGGAUGUAAGAAAACAAGAGUGUUUAUGCCAGAGAAUCCCAGUCUGCUUAAGGAAGAGAGAGGACUAUAUAGAAGGAAAUUAGAUUCCCAGUCAUCUCGAAGUGAAUGUGAAAUUGUGCCAAAAGUUGCUAAAAUGACUGUGUCUGGAAAGAAGCAAACCAUGGGAUUUGAAGUGCCUAGAGUAACUGCUGAAGAAAAUGGUCAUAGUUUUCACACACCUCAAAGAGGACAUCCUAGUGAAGAUGCCAGCAUUGCUCCUGCUGAUGUUCUAGAGACCAUUUCCAAACCAGCUCUUCCAUCCCAUACCGUUCUGGCAUCAGAAGAGCAGAGCUCAACACAAACACCGGUGAAAAAGUCUAGCAAGCUGAGGCAACAAAUAGAUGUCAAAGCAGAGCUGGAGAAGCGACAAGGAGGGAAGCAACUCCUCAACCUCGUGGUCAUUGGUCAUGUUGAUGCUGGGAAAAGUACUCUGAUGGGCCAUAUGCUUUAUCUUCUGGGUAAUGUAAACAAAAGAACUAUGCAUAAGUAUGAACAGGAGUCUAAAAAGGCUGGCAAAGCUUCGUUUGCAUAUGCAUGGGUCUUGGAUGAGACUGGAGAAGAAAGGGAAAGGGGAGUAACAAUGGAUGUUGGUAUGACAAAGUUUGAGACCACAACCAAAGUUAUUACCUUAAUGGAUGCUCCAGGCCAUAAGGAUUUCAUUCCAAAUAUGAUUACGGGAGCAGCCCAGGCGGAUGUAGCCGUGUUAGUUGUAGAUGCCAGCAGGGGAGAGUUUGAAGCUGGAUUUGAGACUGGGGGACAAACACGAGAACAUGGCCUCUUGGUUCGCUCUCUUGGAGUAACACAGCUUGCAGUUGCAGUCAAUAAAAUGGAUCAGGUUAAUUGGCAACAAGAAAGGUUUCAAGAGAUUACUGGAAAACUUGGGCACUUUCUUAAGCAAGCAGGUUUUAAGGAAAGUGAUGUCGCUUUUAUCCCUACAAGUGGUCUCAGUGGUGAAAAUCUAAUCACAAGAUCUCAGUCGAGUGAACUUACAAAAUGGUAUAAAGGACUAUGUUUAUUAGAACAAAUUGAUUCCUUUAAGCCUCCUCAAAGAUGUGUUGAUAAGCCUUUUAGAUUAUGUGUAUCUGAUGUUUUCAAAGAUCAAGGAUCUGGAUUUUGUGUAACUGGUAAAAUUGAAGCUGGUUAUAUCCAGACCGGUGACCGACUACUAGCAAUGCCUCCUAAUGAAACUUGUACUGCAAAAGGAAUCACUCUGCAUGAUGAACCUGUCGACUGGGCAGCAGCAGGCGAUCAUGUUAGUCUUACGUUGGUUGGGAUGGAUAUCAUCAAAAUUAAUGUUGGCUGCAUAUUUUGUGGCCCCAAAGAACCCAUUAAAGCUUGUACCCGUUUCAGAGCCCGAAUCCUCAUCUUUAAUAUUGAAAUUCCUAUCACUAAAGGAUUUCCUGUGCUGUUACACUAUCAGACUGUGAGUGAGCCUGCUGUGAUUAAAAGAUUGAUUAGCAUCUUAAACAAAAGCACAGGCGAGGUCACCAAGAAGAAACCUAAAUUGUUGACUAAAGGCCAGAAUGCGUUGGUGGAGCUACAAACGCAAAGACCAGUCGCUCUUGAGCUGUACAAAGACUUUAAGGAGCUGGGGCGAUUCAUGCUACGUUACAGCGGUUCCACGGUAGCCGCUGGUGUAGUCACUGAGAUAAAAGAAUGAUGGGUCAGAAUUUCUCCGAUGUUUCCAAAUGCAAGGAAAUAACUGAGCUCUGUAAAGAAUCCAGUUUUUCAGUUAGAGGAACAGUGUGCAGUUGAUAUUUUUUUAAAUAAGAGAGAAAAUUAAAGCUGUAAUCAGCUGCAAAGAAGCAUUGAUCCCACUCCUGGAACAAUUUCAGUUGCAAAGCUGGUUUUUAAAAACCAGCCUUUACCUUUGAAAUGUUAGGAAAUGGAUUUACUUUGCUGAGAUUUAUGGAAACUUUCUGAAAUAUGUACUAAAAGAAUUGAAUCAUCAUGAAAUGAACUCUACUUCCAGCCAAACCACAGAAUGUUUACAGUGUUCUCUUGGUUUUCAACUCUCCUGCAUAAAUUUUAAGGAAAAAUAAAUUGGGUGGUUGAGAUAGUUAAUAUUUGACCAGCAUAAUUUUUUUUAUUAACUCUAAGAAAAGAUUUGCUGAAGGUUAUAAUAAUAAAGGUAUUUUGUGUUGAUCAUAAGAAUGUUCUUCCUCCAACAAGUAAACUUUUGAAAGAUUAGGUUGGAAUUAAUGGAAACUCUUCCUUUGUUACCCAAGCUAUUUAAGAUAUAAAGCUAACUAAUAAAAUGUCUUAGUUUGAGCAUAA